GUGUGGUGGUGAGAGUCAUGUCUGUCUGUCUGCUGCCUCUCCUCUGUGUCGUGGUGGGCUGGUCGACCGCCCUCCCGGAGGCCAUCAUGGGCCACACGGAGGAGUUCGACUUGACCCCUCACGUCAUAUUUAACCAGAUAGCUCUACAACAGCUGCAGGAGGAGCAGCGAGGCGUCGAGGAAGGUGUGAAAAGUAUACUGAUGGUGAUGGCCAACCUCACUGAAAUGGUCUCCACUCACCUGACUUUUGAUGACAAGUAUACGCAAGGUGUGAAGGAGAGGGAGAACGCCACCCGCCGCCUCCUGGACACUCUGGACCAGCUGGAGUGCCUCAACAAGGCUCACCAAGCUGACAACCUCAAGCUGAAGGAAGAAAAUACUCGCCUAUAUACAGCGAAUCAAUUGCUCGAGGAGGACAACAGGAAGACUAAGAACGAAGUGCACAUUGCUCAGGAGGAGAUUGUGCUAUUAAAGUCCCAGAUCCGUCUAGUGGAGGAGGACUCGAGGCUGGUCAAGGAGGAGAUCCGUCAAGUGGAGGAGGACUCGAGGCUGGUCAAGGAGGAUAACAUGAAGACUAAGAACGAAGUGCGCCUUGUUCAGGAGGAAAAUAUUCAAUUAAAGUCCCUGAUCCGUCAAGUAGAGGAGGACUCGAGGCUGGUCAAGGAAGAGAUCCGUCAAGCGGAGGAGGAUUCGAGGCUGGUCAAGGAAGAAAACAGGAAGACUAAGAACGAUGUUCGCAUAGCAGAGGAGGCAAAUCGUCGACUAAUGGCUGACAUUCGUCAAGUGGAGGAGGACUCAAGGCUGGUCAAGACGAAGAACCUACAGCUGGAGCUUGCGGAGACCCGAGCCCAGGAGAGGGUCAAGACGGCGUUGACGAGGGUCAGUGAGCUAGAGCGAGAGACACAACAGCUGCAAGAGUUAAAUAAUAACACAGUAGGAGAGAAAAGACUUGUUAAAGAGCAACUCUCACUCCUGGAGGAACAGGUCAGGGUCCUUCAAACAGCAAACGUUGUUCUGAAGGAAGAAAAAGAAGAAACAAUCAGAAAGACUGAAGUGGAGAAAAGACUUAUUGAAGAGCAACUCUCCGUCAUUGAAGAAGAGGCCAGUAAGUUACGGGUUGGAAACACGGCUCUACAGAGUGAAAAAGACAGACAGGCACAGCAGCUCAGAAGUACUCAAGAGGAGAAGAACAAAAUGGCUGAAAAGAGUAGCUUGAUGGAAGAGGAACACGAGAAGUGCAAGAGGAAUGUCAGUGAGCUGUCCACAAG